AUGGAGGCUGUUGUGGGUUCCGGUGCUGGUGCUGGUGCUGGUGCUGGUGCUGGUGCUGAUGGGGGGCUGGACGGGCUGGUGCUGGCGGCGUCGAGGGCGGCACAGUGGCUGGAGGAGGCUGCCGAACAGGAGGUGCCUGGCGCAGACGAGGUGGCGGCGGAUCUACGGGUGGCUCUACAGGGCGCGGUGGGCCGGUGGGCUGGGGAUGAGCUGGUGGUGCCGGCAAGCGUGGCGGAUAUCUCGGCGGGAUCAGUCGAGCCCGGGCAGGCCGAGGCCUCGCUCGACUAUGUCUCGUUUGUGGGCGGGAGAGCGGCUGACGACUGCUCGGCGCGGAUGCUGGCCGAUGUGCUGGAGGACAGGCGGGUGCUGGCCUUUCGGCUGGCGGCGCUGGAGCGGACGGCGUGGCUGGCCCGGAGAGCGCAGGCUGGUUCGGACGCUGCUCCCGAGUUUGCGGCUGAGCUGGCCCGGCUGGAGGCCGAGUUUGAGACCCGAGCGGCAGCUGCCGAGACCGGCGUGGAGCAGGUCGAGGCCAAGCUGCGGGUGGCGCCGGCGGCGAUGGACACGUCGCGGCUUGUCGGACAGGCGGCAAACCUGCGGCGGUCAGCACAUGUCAUGGACAUCCAUCGCGCGGCACUGCUGGUCCUCGCCGCCCAGGAGGGACUUGCCCAGGUCCGCCCGCGAGGCUGGCGGCCACCGUCAGCCCGCGAGGCUGACGCUGAGAACAUGCUGCGGCUCAUGGAUGUCAUUGCCGAGCUCCAGCUCGAGCUCAAGGCCGUGCUCAAGGCCAAUGCGGCGCUGAAGGAAGCCGCCGCAGCCACCGCUGCCGACUCGGUCCCGCUGGCCCGCCUCAACGAGGUCCGCGCUGCCGCCGACGCCCGCGCACGUGCUGCCGAGCAGGCCGCCGCCGCCGAGGCUGCUGCCGCGCGGGCGGCGCUCGAGGCUGCUGAAGACCAGGCCGGCUCGGAGCGUGAGACCGUGGCCAUGCUCGAGGCCGUCAUCAAUCGGCUCUCGGAAGAGCUCGAGGAGGCCAAGGCAGCAGCUGCUUGCCAGAGCGACGCACCAGCUGCUGCUGCGGUGGCCGCCGUCCCGAGCUCACCCGAACCGCGACUCGAUGCUGCGCUGUUUGCAGCACAGGACCAGAUCAUCGAGGAGCAAAAGGCGCUCAUUGCGGCUGUGGAGAAUGAGCUCGAGCGGCUGCGCGAGCGAUACGAGCGAGACAUGGCACGCGCAGCGGCGGCAGCUGCAGCAGCGGUGGCAGUGCCUGCCGCCGACGCGUCGACGGCGGAAGUGAUGCCCGUCCCGGCCACCAACGCCGCGUCGGUGGCAGCUGCCCACGCCGAUUUACGGUCGGCGCUUCAGGAUGGCGUCGGCUCGUUGUCUACACUGCGGGUCGACACCCGAGCCUUCAAGUCAAGGCUGGUUGCGCUGAUGAACCAAGCUGAUCAGGCGCGCGCGCUGCUCGCAGCGUCUGCGGCUCAUCCGCCGGGCGACAUUCAUUCCGACAUCGACUACUCGAUAGACCAUGCGCGAUGAGCAGGCUGCUCUCGGCUAGCUCUUUGCAACAAGGCCGACGACAAAGGCAGCGAGGCAGGCGACACCAAACGCGAGCGACGUUCCAGCCGUGAUGCGCGAGGUAAAGACAGAGGCGUACGGCGCGACGCGGUCAAUGCCGUGGGCGGCGGCAUGGCGG